CAGACACAUUCAUCCUGAGUCAUUGUUUCUUAAACAGGAGGUGGUCGCUGUUAUUUGAUGCAAAGAGAAAAGGAAGAUGGAUGGCAGAUGGCUGUGAAGGCAACAGCAUAUGAAGGACGGACAGCCAGCUCCAUCCAGACUCUCCAGCUGGUUCAAGGAUGAGCGCAGCAGGCUUGGUCCUCCUGGGGCUUGCUCUGAGGUUGAUGGCCACUCCUGCUAAGCCAGAGGAGAGGAGCGUUUGCUCUAAGAACCAAGUGGCUUUCAGAGACUCUUGCUAUGAAUUUGUGCCUUUUGGCCGCUCCUUCUAUGGUGCCCAGAACUGGUGUGAGGAGCGAGGAGGCCAUUUGGUCUUUAUUCACGACGAAGGCACCCAGCAGUUUCUGCAAAAGCACAUGUCUCAGGACAGGGAAUGGUGGAUUGGACUCACAGGGAACUCGGCUCAGAAUGGAACUACAGAAGGACCGGGGAUCUGGCUGGACACCUCAAAUGUGAACUAUAGCCACUGGCACGGAGGGCAGGCCUCUUCUGCUCCCGACACCUGCGGUUACAUCAGGAGAGACCCUUCUGCCAGGUGGGCUGCCUCAGACAACUGCGCACAGCUGUUCGCCUUCAUCUGCGAGUUUGGUGUCGGCCAGAGUCUGGCCUGCGAGGGCCAUGAUGCCACCAUGCACUGUGGUUCCUGGGAGGUCAUUCAGAUCCGGGAUGCUUUCUACGGGCGCCAGACUCCCCAUUAUUGCACCCAGGACACUGGGAGCCCCUUGGACCUGGAGGAGCAAUGCAGCUGGGUCAGCGUCAAGGAUGAAGUGGCAGAACAGUGCCAGGGGCUGCAGGCAUGCCAGGUGGCAGCAAAUGGGACCUUCUCUGGAGACCUGUGCCCCACCAAGGGCAGCUACCUCUGGGUACAGUACCAGUUUCGGGAAGGCCUGCAGCUGACGGUGUCCAAUGAGAGUUUCGUCUUCGAUAAUGUCACCAUCUCCCUGAUGUGGCUCCUCUCUCCCUACACUGGAAACCUGUCCUGUAUCAUUAUCACGGGGGAUGGCCACACUUUUGAUCCCUACUACCCCCCCAGCACUGAAAUGGAGGUGACUUACACUGUGCUAUCAGAUAACACAACCCUGACUGAAUCCAUCACACACCGCCUGCUCCCCUACAACCUCACCCUGGACAGAGCAGCCCAGCAGGGUGUGGGUCCAGGGAUGCACCACCUGGAGACCCGAGCCACCAGCAACACCACCACCUCUGCACCCUCCACAAACAUCACGGUUCACUUCAUGAAGCCUCUGCCAGGGCCGCAGGCCUCCUGGGCUUCUGACCACUUGGAGCUUGGACAGGAUCUACUGGUCAACAUCUCAGUGGCUCAUGGCAUCCCAGAAGAGUUGACCUUUGAGGCAGCAGGACUCAAUGCAUCCUCCUCCCAUGAGGAAGAGAGCCUUGGGCGGCCAUCUGGGAUUUACCAUGUGGCAGGUCCUCUUGAAGGUACUUGGGAUUGAUAGCUCCCUUCCAAAUCUCCCUCCUCUUCCCUUCCUAACUUAGAAUCCAGGCUCCUGCCAGCCAGUUUCCAGGCUCCUUCCAGUCUCCAAGAAUUAUCUGGAACAAAUGCUGAGGAAAAGAAUAGAGAUAAAGGGGAUGUGGAGGUAUACGUGGAACCUGGCUAUGUGGAUCCUUUCACGACAGUGACUCUGCACUGGCUGGAUAGUGACAAGGAUUUACGCUUCCACUGGUCAUGUGGACGUUGCUGGGCUCAGUGGAACGACUGUAUUGAGAGGCAGCUGCUUUGCACAGACCAGAGGGAGUUGGGGGUCCCUCCGUCCUGCCUGCCACCACCCAAUUCUGCAGUGACCCUGCACCUGGCCAUCUGGAGAGGCCAGGAGCUGGAGAAGCAGGAGGAGCAGUGCCUUUAUGUGUCCUCCCCCCUGAAACUCAAGCCUCUAGUCAGCUGUGAGAAGAGCUGCGGGUCAGUGAAUGCCAGCGAAGAUGUUAUGCUCGUCAGGGUCUCCAUGGGGAAAGACUCCCCAGCAGCCAUGUUCAGCUGGUAUUUAGAUGACACUCCACUAGAGAAGAUCCAGCCCCUCCCAGCAGCCUGUAGACUCCGAGGAUUUUGGCCAAGAUCUUCAAUCCUCCUCCAGAGCAACACAUCCGCGCUGCUACUCAACAGCUCCCUGCUGCAGGCCUGGGGCCCGGCCAGCCGCAUCCAAGUCACAGCAAUGACCAGGCAUGUCUACGGGGAGGACACCUAUGCUAUCAGCUCUCCGCCUCCCCCUGAGGUGCCCACCUGCAUCAUUGCCCCGGAGGAGGGCACCGUUCUAACAAGUUUCGCCAUCUUCUGCAACACCUCCGCGGUCUUGGGCCCCCUGGAGUACUGCUUCUGUCUGGAAUCAGCUCACACCAGCUUUUCUAGGUGGAUCUUUCACCACAUCUUGAAGAUGAGGAAAUUGAGGCGUGGAGCUGAAAAAAUGGUUCCAGAGACCAUAACUUCUGAGAGGCAGUAUGGUGCGGCCACAGUGCCUCAGAUGCUCAAAGUUGUGGACCAGGACGCCCUCCUGCUGGGGAGACUGCCCACGGGCCUUCCAGCCACACUGGCCACCCCCUCCAUUUUCAUGUACACCAAUAGAAUUCAGCCCCGGAGCUGGCAAGACUCCUCUGUGCACAUUGCUGCUGCCAACUCUGCGACCUUCACCCUGCCUGCUACCUCCUCCCUUGGCUUCAUGCAGGACUGUCAGGAGCCCGUGGACAUACGGAUGAUGAGUUUCCCAAAAAACCCUUUCGCAGCCCAAAGUCACUUUGAUGUCAGCGGAACUGUUGGGGGCCUCUCUCUGACCAGCUCUAGUGGACAGCUCAUACCCAUGAAGAAUCUGUGGGAGAAUAUGGAGAUCCUGCUGCCUCGGUUUUCAGGACACAGUGAGCCAACUGUGUUGAAUCUGACCAGUCCUGAAGCUCUGUGGGUGAAUUUGACUUCAGGUGCAGCUUUGGGGAUCCAGCUGCACUGGAGACCUGACAUCCCACUCACACUCAGCCUGGGCUAUGGCUACCACCCCAACAAGACCAGCUACGACGCCAAAGCUCACCUUCCACUAGUGACUUCUCCAGAUGGGCUGUCCACAGGGAAACUGAGCCCAGAGGUCCUGCACUUUGGAGAAGGUGUCUACUAUCUGACUGUGAUCCCCGAGUCUGACCUGGAGCUGACCCCUGGCAGAGACCUCACAGUUGGCAUCACCACCUUCCUUUUCCAUUGUGUGUUUUGGGAUGAGAUCCAGGAAACUUGGGACAAUUCUGGGUGCCAGGUGGGGCCACGAACCACUCCCUUCCAGACACACUGCCUCUGCAACCAUCUUACCUUCUUUGGAAGCACAUUCUUGGUGAUGCCCAAUGCUAUUGAUGUCUGCCAUACCAGAGAGCUCUUUGCCACCUUUGAGGACAAUCCUGUGGUUGUGACUACCGUGGAUUGUCUCAUCGUGGCCUAUGCAUUGGUGGUGAUCUGGGCAAGGAAGAAGGAUGCUCAAGAUCAGGCCAAGGUGAAGGUCACAGUGCUGGAGGACAAUGAUCCCUUUGCCCAGUACCACUACCUGGUGACAGUCUACACUGGACAUCGGAGAGGGGCAGCUACUUCCUCAAAGGUGACUAUAAUCCUGUAUGGCCUGGAUGGAGAGAGUGAGCCCCACCACCUGUCAGACCCUGACAUUCCAGUUUUUGAACGAGGAGGAGUGAAUGUCUUCUUACUCUCCACCCUGUUCCCCCCGGGGGAACUGAGGAGCCUGUGGCUGUGGCAUGACAACUCAGGGGAUUGGCCAUCCUGUUCCCUGAGAUCAAGCAAGCCCCUUCGCGGCCUGCCCUGGUGGUGUGUCCUGGUGGGCUGGCUCCUGAUAGCCGCCACCAGCAGUGUGGCAGCCACCAGCGGUGUGGCAACCUUCCUCACCAUGCUAUAUGGUUUGCACUACGGGAAGACCAGCUCCCUCAAGUGGCUCAUCUCCAUGGCUGUCUCCUUUGUAGCGAGUGUGUUUGCCACCCAGCCCCUGAAGGUGCUGGGGUUUGCUGCCUUCUUUGCACUGGUCUUAAAGAGCGUGGAGGAUGAAGAGGAACCUAUGGCCUCUCUCCCAGGAUAUCUAUCCAGCCCAGACCCCUCCACCUUGUUCUGAGUACGAAGAAAAAGCAGAAAGGAUGUCUACCAGCUGCCUCUGACUGCCAACAUUGAGAAGAAGAAAACCACUCACCUCAAGGAACAGAAAGCAUUUGCCCUAACCAGAGAAAUCUUGGCAUACCUGGGCUUCCUGUGGAUGCUGGUGGCCUAUGGACAGAGGGACCCCAGUGCCUACCACUUCAACAGACACCUUAAGCAUAGCUUCACCCAAGGCUUUUCAGCUGUCCUGGGCUUCCAGGAGUUCUUCAUGUGGGCCAACACCACCCUUGUACAAAACCUGUAUAGUCAUCACCCAGGUUUCAUCACUGACGGGAACUCCAAACUGGUUGGCAGUGCUCAGAUUUGCCAAGUGAGAGUCUGGGAAAACUCUUGCCCUCUUGCUCCCAGGUUGUGGAUUUCUCUUGAUGGGUGCCAUGCACCAUAUUCCCUGGAUGUUGAAGACCUGUCAGACUAUGGGGAACGCUGGAAUGCCUCCAACCUCAAUAGCAGCAAUGGCUUCUCCCAGGCUUGGCAGUACCAGAGCCAGAGCCAGCGCCAAGGGUAUCCCAUCUGGGGCAAACUCACUGUGUACCGGGGAGGAGGUUACGUGCUCCCCUUGGGCACCAAUCGCCAAAGUGCAGCAAGAAUUCUCCAGUAUCUCUUUGACAACACCUGGCUGGACAGCCUGACCAGAGCUGUGUUUGUGGAGUUCACUGUCUACAACGCCAACGUCAACCUGUUCUGCAUCAUCACUCUGACCCUGGAGACCAGCGCCCUGGGUAGAACCUUCUUUACAUGCACAGACCUGCAGAGCCUGCGCCUGUAUCCCUUCAUUGAUGGCUGGCACCCCUUUGUGGUGGCGGCAGAGGUAAUCUACCUCCUGCUCCUCCUCUACUACAUGGUCAUGCAGGGCAAGCUUAGGAGGAAGCAGAAGUGGCGCUAUUUCCACAGCAAGUGGAACCUUCUGGAGUUGGCCAUCAUUCUGGCCAGCUGGAGUGCCCUGGCAGUGUUUGUGAAGAGGGCCAUCCUAGCGGAGAGAGACAUCCAGCGAUAUCAGAAACAAGGGGAGGAGGGUAUCAGUUUCAGUGAGACAGCCACAGCUGACGCUGCCCUUGGCUACAUCAUUGCCUUCCUGGUACUGCUGUCCAUGGCAAAACUUUGGCAUCUGCUCAGGUUAAACCCCAAAAUGAACAUGAUCACAUCAGCUCUACACUGUGCCUGGGGAGACAUUUCAGGCUUUGUCAUCAUCAUCCUUAUCAUGCUCCUGGCUUACGCCAUUGCGUCAAACUUGAUAUUUGGUUGGAAACUCCGCUCCUACAAAACCCUCUUUGCUGCAGCAGAAACGAUGAUCAGCCUUCAGGUAGGAAUCUUCAACUAUGAGGAGGUCCUGGACCACAGCCCAGUGCUCAGCUCCUUCCUAAUUGGGUCCUGCAUUGUUUUCAUGACAUUUAUUGUGCUGAAUCUACUUAUCUCUGUCAUCCUGGUGGCCUUCAAUGAAGAGCAAAAAUACUAUCAGCUGUCGGAGGAAGGAGAGAUUGUCGAUUUGCUGCUGAUGAACAUACUCGGUUUCCGGGGCGUUAAAUAUAAAAAACAGGAGUCUGGAAACUGCAGUGAGCAGCCCAAGUUGCUGUCAGAGGCCCAGCCUCCUCCACCUGCACCAGUGGCACCCCGGGUUUAA